GCCGACUUGGUCCUUAUGAGAAACUGCUUUCAACUGGAAGCGUAAAAACGGGGCAGACUCUUCUUAGUAACCAACGGCGUAGCAGAACUGCUUGCAUUGCUUUGAGAUUGCUUUCCUUUGGGGAAGGGGGACAAAAGUACGGGUGUGAGAGGAAAAGAUAGACAGAGGCAGUACCGGAUAGAUCGAGGGAUUCUACAAUUGUAUUCAACUGCCCUCCCUUCGCUCUUUCUCGUCCCUUCGUGUUUCAUCUAACUGUAAAUUCUUCUCAGCUUGACCGUUUUAUCCAUUGCUCAGAACACAAGCUUGAAACUGGAGAUUUAAUAAAGACUGCAGGAUGCUUUUCUGGCGUCAUAUACUUGUAUCCAGAGUCCCUAGUUGCUUAUGGGACUGCAUGAAUUAAAAUAACACAGAGGUGCCAUAACCCAACCAGGCAUUUUAAAGAACUUGAAUAUUUUGGCUGAGAGAGAGAGAGAGAGAGAGAGAGAGAGAGAGAGAGAGAGAGAGAGAGAGAGAGAGAGAGAGAGCGAGAGAAGAGCUGCGAUGAGCCACAGAGCAAUCUGCAGGAUUCGGGGUUGAGGUCCAGGCCUGGCUUUCAAGUGACGGGGAAAGUGAGAAAGAAAGAGAGAGAAAGAGUAUUGGAGCAGCGCUGGGACUGCCAGCUUGCACAGACGCACAGACACACAUACAAGGAAAACGAGAACGAUGAGGGAAGGGCUGGGUCUGCUGGUGUUUCUUCUGUGCCUCAGCGUGGUCAUCUGCAGCCAUGCCUCUGUGCCCGUGGAGCGCACCCACCUGCGACAACUCUCCCACCACAGGCAUCGUGAGAAGGGCAAGGAGGGGCAGGUCCUCCACCGUUCCAAGAGAGGCUGGGUGUGGAACCAGUUCUUUGUCAUUGAAGAGUACACAGGACCAGACCCUGUGCUAGUGGGCAGGCUCCACUCUGAUGUUGACUCUGGGGAAGGGAAAAUAAAGUACAUUCUCUCAGGGGAAGGCGCAGGCACCAUUUUUGUUAUUGACGACAAGACAGGGAAUAUUCAUGCCACAAAGACGCUGGACCGCGAGGAGCGUGCUCAGUACACGCUGACGGCCCAGGCCGUGGCCCGCGAUACUAACAAGCCGCUGGAGCCACCAUCGGAGUUCAUCGUAAAGGUGCAGGACAUCAACGAUAACCCGCCUGAGUUCCUGCAUGGCCCCUACCAUGCCAUGGUGUCUGAGAUGUCCAACGUGGGUACCUCAGUCAUGCAGGUGACAGCGUCCGACGCUGACGACCCCACGUAUGGAAACAGUGCGAGACUUGUGUACAGUAUAUUGGAGGGUCAACCUUACUUCUCAGUGGAGCCACAUACAGGGAUUAUCAGGACAGCCUUACCCAACAUGGACAGAGAGGCCAAGGAGGAAUACAAUGUUGUCAUUCAAGCCAAGGACAUGGGGGGACACAUGGGGGGCUUGUCAGGGACCACCAAAGUGACAAUCACACUGACAGACGUCAAUGACAACCCACCAAAGUUUCCACAGAGCGUCUAUGCUAUGUCUGUCUCAGAAGCCUCAGUCCCUGGCGAGGAGGUGGGUCGAAUCAAGGCGAAAGACCCCGAUAUGGGUGAGAAUGGCCUGAUCUCAUAUCGUGUGCUGGAAGGGGAUGGUGCAGAAGUUUUUGAGGUCACCACUGACUCACUGACUCAGGAGGGAGUACUCAAGCUCAAGAAACACGUGGACUUUGAGACCAAAAGGGCGUAUAGCCUAAAGGUGGAGGCAUCAAACCUGAUUCUAGACCCACGGUUUCUCAGCUGGGGGCCGUUCAAGGACACGGCAAUGGUGAAAAUCACGGUAGAAGAUGCAGACGAGCCCCCUCUUUUUACCUCGCUCGGCUACAUCUUUGAGGUGCAGGAGAACUCGCCUGCCAACACUGUGGUGGGUCGGGUUCAUGCCAAAGACACAGAUGCUGCCAACAGCCCCAUUAGGUACACCAUUGACCAGCACACCAAUCUGGACCGCUUGUUUAAGAUUAACCUGAACGAGGGUAUCAUCCAGACCACCAAACCACUGGACCGGGAGGCCAUGGCCUGGCAUAACAUCUCCAUCAUCGCUUCUGAAGCCCGUGCAGUGGACCCUCGUCAAGAGGCCAAAGUUCACGUUGCCAUCAAAGUCCUAGACAUCAAUGACAACCCCCCUGAAUUUGCUGCCCAGUAUGAAGCAUUUGUAUGUGAAAAUGCCAAGUAUGGCAAGCUGAUUCAUACCAUCAGUGCAAUGGAUAAGGACGAGACAGCCAACGGACCCCGCUUUCUUUUUGAGUUAGCUCAGGAGGUUGCAAACAACCCAAACUUCACUGUCCGGGAUAACAGAGACAGUACAGCAGGGAUCUAUGUGCGCCGUGAAGGAGGGUUCAGUCGACAGAAACAGGACCUGUAUCUCCUGCCCAUCGAGAUUAAUGACAAUGGCAGCCCCCCACUGAGCAGUACCAACACCCUCACUAUCCGUGUGUGUGGCUGUGACAGUGAAGGCACUCUGCAAUCCUGCAACGUGGAGCCCUACAUCCUGCCUGCGGGACUUAGCACUGGGGCCCUUAUCGCCAUUCUCGCCUGCAUCGUCAUCCUACUUUUGAUUGUUGUGUUGUUCGUGGCACUGCGGCGGCAAAAGAAAGAGCCGCUUAUUGUGUUUGAGGAGGAAGACGUGCGGGAGAACAUUAUUACCUAUGAUGAUGAAGGCGGUGGAGAAGAGGACACAGAGGCCUUCGACAUUGCCACUCUGCAGAACCCUGAUGCCAACGGUUUCCUUCCACGCAAAGACAUCAAGCCCGAGCAGCAGUACCCAGCCCGACCUGGCCUUCGGCCUGCGCCAAACAGCGUUGUUGUGGACGACUUCAUCAAGACCCGCAUCUCUGAAGCGGACUACGACCCCACAGCACCCCCGUACGAUUCUAUCCAGAUCUACGGUUACGAGGGCCGCGGCUCCAUUGCUGGCUCACUCAGCUCUCUAGAAUCGGCCACCACAGACUCCGACCUGGACUACGACUACCUCCAGAGCUGGGGUCCUCGUUUUAAGAAGCUGGCGGAUCUGUAUGGCUCCAAAGACACGGCCGAUAACGAUGACUCUUAACGGCUGGAACGUUCUUUUUGUCUGCACCCCUUAAGAUAAUGUAGUAUAUUAUGUACUAUAAGUAUACUACCAGUAUACCGCUGAUAUAUUUAUAGUAUACUUUUUGACUUAAGUAUACUUGUAGUGUACUGCAUUCUAAUAAGGGGUCCGACCUUGAAGAGACUCCAAUUCUGAGAAGAAGCCAAAAUAAAAUAAAAAAACCCUCAGUAGGAUGUAUCGAUACACACACAGACACUCACACAAAAACAUUGUAUCAAAUGAAUAGCUCUGUAUUUUCCUUUUUUUAAUUAUAAUUAUGAUGGUGAUUAUUAAUUAAGGGGUCGGUGAGGCCAGGAAUAAGACCACAGGUAAAAAUAAAUGUUUUAUACUGUGAAGGAGCUCACAAAGGAACAAUGGUUGCCUUACAUGAAAAAAUGAAGAGUUUUGAUGACUGCAGUACUCCUAUCACCCUGUUUAUAAACACUCUUUGUUAAUCUGAAGAAGGACAAUAAAGAAACAUGCAUUAUACUCUGUUUUUAAACUUCAGAAGACAAAGUCCCUUUCCUUCCUGGCAAAUGAAUAAUUAAUCAUGAAGAGAAAGCUGUGAGCUCAAAUAUCGCCUUAAAUAACGAACACUCCUGCAGCAUAGUGCAUUUUUUAACUUGAAAAGAAAAAAAUCAUAAAGCAAGCUAAAAUCCAUCUAACGUAUGUACAGAACAAUGUGCAGUAUCUCUCCUGAGGAAAAAAACUUGCGCCUGUUGAUUCUUGUAAAUCUUUUUAUUAUUAUUAUUAUUAUUAUUAUUAUUAUUAUUAUUAUUAUUAUUAUUAUUAUUAUAUUAUUAUUAUUGUGGGUUUCUUUUCUUUUUUUCUUGGCUGAUAUUAUCAUUUUUAAGGAAUAUGGGCCAAAGAGGGAAAACAAAUAUGUCCUGUCGCAGUGAAAGACCCCUAAUGUUUAAGUCAAUUUUAUGGUACCUAUUUGUACAAUUUUAAAAGUUCUUAUUUUAGUAUACAUAGAGAUAUCAGUAUUUCAACAUGUAAGAAAAUGUUACGACAUCACACUUAUAUUUUAUGAACAUUGUAUUGUUGCUUUAUUAUGUGCUUCAGUCUAAGAAGCGAAAACUUUGAAAUAAAUGCCCUUUUUAUAAAAUAAAGUUUUUUUUUUAAAUUAUUUUCUUGAAUUUAUUUUGUUAAGGAAAUGUGUACAAACUGUUACAAAGCAGUACCAUUCUAGAUAUCAAUAUGCAUUAAAUUCUCAUUUAUCACA